CAAAUGGCGGUUUAUAAAGUUCUCGACACCUGUCGCCAUCUCUUAAUUGCUUCAAAUCGCUAAAUUUCUAUGAAAUAAAAAUGAUUGUAAAAAAUGGGAUGAAAAUAACGAGUGCGUCGCGAUUGCGACCAUCGAAAGAAUAUCCCUGAGAACUACAUAUCAAAGUUGAUUUUACUGCAUCAAGGGCCACCAAGAUCUGCAACGAUACUGUGUUUUGCAAUAAUUAUCUUUAAAUCUUAACAACCCUAGAGACGGUGAUGGUGCUUGGAAAAUUUUGAAUGCCACCAAGGAUAAAAGUAUUCAUUCGAUGAGCACGCCGGGGUGGACUUGCAAGCUAUCUCCGACGCCAAAGAACGACUCAAAGAUGUUUUUGCUCGUCACACUAUGUGCUUCUGUUAGUCUCAUCAUUCUUUUCUAUUGGUACAAUAUGUUGUGGUGCUUCUUCUAUGGAUCCCUUACGAUAUCUUGUUGCUUCUGCGGUACGCUACUCGUAGUCUUGAUUCACAUUGCUUUGUCACCGAGACAUCAAACCGGAGCUGGAACUGCGAAGACCAUUGCAGAGAUGGAUGCAUUCCGUAAUAUGCUAAUGAAAGGCUACGAGCCCAAACCUCUGAAUGACAGAAAGCACUCACGUUACCCUGUUAUCUUUACGAGGCUAGUCGAUGGAGCCUUGCAGAAUCUUCUUGACUUGAUUUUCAGAGAUUUUGUUGGCUUCUGGUUAGAUGAUCUAGCCUUUGAUCCAAAGCAGAUCAUAGAUAAUAUGAAACAAGAUAUCUGGGGAGCUAUUCAAAGUCUACACGAACGAUUAUCGCGUGUAGAUCAUGCCAAGCUUGUAGCCUGCAGCAUCGUUAACAAAGUCACGUUUCAUUUCGAGAAAAUCAGAAUCGCACAAGCUGCUGUAUCGGAAGGAGAGGACCCAGUUUUUAUUUUAUCGGCACACCUUAUGUCAAGUACAGCAGAAUUGGAGUACCUGAGAAAAGUCAGCGAAUUGUGUAUCAUGUUCUUCUUACCUCGAAGUUAUUCCCUUUCACUAUCAAAAUUCCUCCUGCGAGAAGUAAUCGCAUGUAAAAUCCUCAAACCUGCCAUCGAUUUAAUAACGGAUCCCGAUUAUAUCAACCAAAAAAUUCUACUCUACAUAGAGCAGCAACAGUUAACGGAAGCUAUGCAUAGAAAAACUUAUGAGUAUGCCGAGUCAUUUGAAGACUUUAUUUGUAUGAUACGGAGCUCAAAGGACCUGGAGGUUCUAAAGCACAUCAGAUACAAUAUCGUAACCGAAAUCAUGCAAGCAACAACUGUACAGAAUAUAAAAAGGAGUCAGGGAUUAGAUCCAGAAAACAAUGCUUUCAGCAAGUGCGAUGGGACCCAGGCUAGAAAACUAAAGAGGUACAUUAGUCAAUUGACGUACGCCAAAAAUACAUGCGAAUCUCAAAUGCAAACAUUAGGCUGGGACGGGUGUCCGAUUCAGGAAAGUGACAUAUCAGAUCCUACUGCCAUUGCGGAGGGAAGAGUCUUGCCACUGCAGACGAUCCUGGACAACGUGACAGGACGCCGAUACCUAUCUCAAUUCUUGGAGCAGGUCUCCAGUCAGGGUCUUAUUGGAUACUGGGCAGCGGUUCAAGAAUUAAGGGCCUCCGAGAGAUCUAACUGGCACCAGCUGGGCGCUGAGAUAUUUUACACUUAUAUUCGAUCUCCUACCGCGGAGAUUAAAGUCGACAAGAAUGUCAGGAAGAGAAUGGAGAGUUUCCUCCUCGGUGACAAGGGUCCUGAUGUCUUCUACGAGGUGCAGGAGUCCGUCGUCAAGACGAUCGAAGAGAAGUACUAUUCCUCCUUCCUAGUUAGCGAGCAGUAUAAGAAGAUGCAAGAAGCACUGCUGAGUGAGAGAGCUGAUGGUCUGUCGGAGGAUCGACAGUCGAUCGAUGGAGCCAUCUCUGAAACCGCAGCCCUACUCGUCGUCGAACAUUCCAACUACGCUCGCAGCAAGUUUGAUCAACUACAGGAGAAGCUUAACAACAAGAUGCAGGCUCUUCAAGCUCUCAAAUCCUCUCUGAAGCCGGAGAGUCGAGUCUUGAGCAUCUUAGCGAAGGAAGUCGAGUGGCUGCAAGGAGAGAAAAGACAGCUCGAGGCACAUUUGAAUCAUACCGAAAUGUGGGCAGAACAUUUGGGUCACUGGAGGGCGGACGUCCAGAGUGCGGAAAUUCCAGAUAACGGGGACUCUCCUCAGUUCGUUCUUGUGGUUCACAUGGCGGAGGACGAGGGCAACUUGGAGAGCAUCUCCACAGGAUGGGUGGUUCUCCGCAGGCUGCCAGAAUUUCAAGAGCUUCAUCGAAAGCUGCGACAGCUUUGCUCCAAUGUUAAGAAUCUUGAGCUUCCCUCGCAACCCAUCAAGUUCUUUGGCAAGUCUGACAAAAGCACCUUGGACAAGGCUAAGGUCCAGAUACAGAAAUACCUGAACUUUGUCCUGGAAGAUGAGAGACUGAAUCAAAGCGAAGCUCUUUAUGCAUUUCUAAGUCCUAGCUCGGAGCAUCUGAAGCACACUGCUCCGUCCCCCAAGAAAUCUAGAUUUUCCUUAUCGACUCUAUUUAAAUCAUCCAGUGGUAGUGGAGAUUCACGAGAAAGAGAUGAAGAAGAGGACUACUCGUUGUUGCUAGAUGACAACGAGUCAGGUCGCACUGUAACCGAUGGUUACUUGGGCCCUGGAAAAGAUGCUAUCGCAGAGCCUCUGUAUGCACUCUUGGGAGAAGUCUUCGAUCUUAGAGGAGUGUUUCGAUGGCUCAGGCGAUCGUUGAUCACCUUUGUGCAAAUCACGUAUGGAAGAACAAUAAAUAGGCAAGUUAGAGAUAGCGUAGCCUGGAUAUUUUCCGAGCCCAUGUUGCACUAUUACAUUCAAUUAUUUACAAAAUCCUGGUGGCCUAACGGUCAACUGGUCGCGGCUGUAGUCACUCGAACGGAUGAAGAAAAGUUGAAAACUAGAGGGGAGGCUCGAAGGCAGUUUCUCAACAACGUACCUGAUGUACUGACGAACCUGGUGGGAGCACAAAGUGCUCAACGUGGCGCUAUUAAAGUAUUUGACACUUUACAGAACGUAAACCUAAACAAGCAGCUAUUCUAUGACAUAUUUGAGGUAUUGAUGUAUGAAGUCUUUCCAGAGCUUCAACACAAGUAACACUGCUUACAUUUAAACCAGCCAAUGUAUAAAAGACGAACAGGAUUAUAAAGACUAUUUUUUUACAUUUUCGAAUAUUCCAUUGAUAACAGAAGUUUACUAGUGAGUAUUGAAUGUUCACUUUCUCGGUUAGGUUAGGUUAGCAUACUCGACAUCUUUUACUCGUUAUUAGGCCUAACAUCAUCUUGCAGUGUAUCGAUUUAUUUCUUAAAACGGACAACAUAAACUCGUAACAAUGACUUACCACACGCCCUUCGGGGUGAACCAGCAGUAUUAAACUUGGACCAACCCUCGGGUCGAACUCAACAGGGAGGACGAUUCUGGCAUUCUGAUUAAUAAUCCGUGAAUAAUGAACACUGCUCUCCCGAUCGACAUACAGGUUACUUCAAAACGUGACGAGUAUCAAUUAUUACUAGUACUAAAAAAAAUUAUUGUGGAUUCAUUAUACUGUGUCUUUUAGGUUAGAAUGGGCACGUUCGAUAGGUCUUCACUUAAACCGUCUACAGGGAGUCUGGUCAGAAAUAUUUUAUAUACAAGUCAAUUUUUCCUGCAGUGUAGUUUCGAUCGUUAUUCCUAUUGAAUGAAUGUUCAAAUAACAAUGAGGUGCUAACUACCAAAGACAUCAGUGGUGACUUAUCGCAAUUUAUUCGUUGUACUAUUGUUUCGUACCUCUGAUUUGUUACAGAUAGGAUUUUAUAUAAAACUUGUUUAGUUGUAUCUCCUUGUUAAUUUUUCUUCGUAAUUUGAGGUCAUUUAAACCGUGUCUUACGAUGUGCCUGCACCUAAUUUAGGUUAUCGUUACUGAAAAGAAAGGUAUUCGAGUGGCUAAUGUCCAGCGAACUGUGCAAAAUAGGAGCGAUUUAUUCCCGAAUUCAACAGCAAUCACUGUCGUUUCUUUACUCCGUGUUCAAUCGAAGCGGUUAAUGUUCUAGCCCUGUCCUAUGCGCGUAAAACUAUUUUAUGAACCGAGUGACUAUAAUCUGUUGAUUAGUAAUAAGUUGCAGUAGAAUAAGGCAUUUAUCUAUUAUGGAACUCUAUCUCGUUACGAGGAGGUACGUCGGCAAGGAGCCUCCUAGUGUUACGAUCAGCUGUCAAUGUACCAUAAUUGUGCAAUGUGUUCGAUACGUUCAGGUGAAAUAAAAAUACUCAAGGAAACUGAUCGGUUUGUCCCUAUCAAUGAGUAGUUGAAUCAAGAUCAUUACAUAGGAUACAGAAUAUUUUAUUUCUGCGCCAUGCGAGGCAACAUGGCGCACAAAUACGUUUAAACAAUCUUCUAAAAGUACUUGCAACUCCUAUACAAAUAGUACAAUAUAGUGUCAUCCCUUAUGUUACAACCGUAGUAGUAAUUAAACAUAGCGAUACAUACGUUUAUGUACACAUGUAUAACAUUAGACUGGUUUUGGCACCGAGACAGUACGAAUACGAGAUCAUAUAGAAAAGACUCGCCCUCGGAGGAGCUUCUUCACAUUUUCUCUUUCUCACUCUCGCUCUCACUUGCUCUCGUUAUCUCUUUCUUUCUUCUCUCUCUCUCUCUCCCGUUCGAAAUUAAACGAAUUAUUACUUUAUUAAUUUAUUGAUCGAGUGAACGUUUAUUUUUUCUCUCAGGGUUCCUCGACUUCCGCCAUCGAAAGGGGACGAGGAGAAACAAAGAGCGGGCAACUCUGUCGGCUCUUGACAUUAAUUGACCUAUGACCUAAUCGAGUCGGUCCUCGUAAGUAAUGAGAAUGACAUAAUUAAUGAAUUACCGUACGUAUACCUAACACUUAGGACGAUAAUUGCAUCGCGCUUUUGCCCUCCCUCGACUUGUCGUUUGUCCGACACUUAGACUGUCCCUCGGUGAUUGAAAUUAAUUUUUUUUUCUCUUUUCUCCUUCCAAGGGACACUUUAAGACCCGAGCAAACCGGAAAAGGAGAGACGGCGUCGUCGAACGUCUUCGAUAUAACGCAUCUCUGAUAUCUUUUCUUUAUAAUACUUCCUCGUGGGGUAGGAACACUGUAAUAGUGGUAGUAAUAAUAACGUUAACGGUCUGCAUUUUAUACGGUGUCUAAAUAGGCUUACUUGGUCGGUUCAUCUGAGCCCUGAACUUCGCAAGGAACCCUCGUCGCUUGGUUCGUAAAAAUAGACAUUAAUAGUGGAGAACAAGGGUCGCUCCUUUACUCGCUAAACCGGCCCUAAAAAACCGUCCAGGCUUGACCCUUUAUUUAAUAAUUAAGUCCCACGCCGAUCUACUCGGGAAUUAUCACUCGAAAAUAUUUUCUGCCACACUCUCGAGGGUUCUCUCUCGGACUAGGUGCGACAAUCGUACAAAGGGUGAUAGAAAAUUAAUGAAAUUAAUAAUCGGGCCCCGGUUUAACGAACAACCAGGCGACCUGUAAAAAUGCCCAUGGCAUUUAAAAUAUCUCGAAGCGCGCGACGUCUUUUUCUCUCUUCUCUGUUGACUUUUGUCUCGGAGCAACAUCGAGAGUCAGAAAAUCUCGGAAAAUGUCGGAAAAUCUCACGGUAACAUCGCGCGCUUCUUUUAUAUACUUUUACCGUUUUCUUUUCUUUUUUUUCGGAAUUUUAUUUUCUUCCAAUCCCCUUUGACAUUUGCAUAACAAGUUUAUAAAUGUCAGGACGUCGGGUCGUCGUCGUGAUCGAGUUAGGGACAGUCGAACGACGUCGCCGACGAGCCUGGGAAGAGACCCUUUUCCCUCUUUUUCCUGCUUUUUCCUCCCUUUAAUGCGAAACGUGACCUGGGGAAUACCGGGGUGCAGCUUCCAGCGAAUCCUCUGCGGAGAUGGGCACAUCUAAUUGCAUCCAAUUUCGGCAAGGAUUUUCUUUUUUCUUCUUUUUCAACCGUGCAAAAAUCUAGCCCGAUCUGAUUUUUUCCUAGUCACUUUUUAAACAGCCGAUCGGACGCAAUUAGGUGAGGCGGUAAUUGAAUUACAAUUCGCUCAUCCCUCGCUCUUAUUUCGAGUUUAGGACCGUCUUCUCCCCUUAUUAAUAUGUAUAUAUAUAAAGAUAGAUAGGUAGCAUGCAUAUAUCGAUAACAUCUUGGAUGACGACAAUGGUGAACUAUACCGGAUAGUCGGAUACGUGUUGGGCUGUGGGGCGGUUCGGUUUCAGUAUUUCGGGUAUUUUGGUAUUUCGGGCAUUUCUGGUAUUUUCGUUAUUUCGGAUAUUCCGGGGGCGGAAAUCAAAUCUCGGACCCAGUUCCCUCAGUGGAGCUGGUAUUGUCUCGGGCUUCGCAAGACUGCGAUCGAGUAUUACUCUGAAUGUCUGGCUUUUUCAUUUAAGAAUCUCGAGUCGUCAAGAGAGUGCGCUUAACUGCGAUUUUUCCUGAAAUUGAUUCGAUUUCCCUUCCUCUCGUCCUGCGUAAAAAAAAGUAAAA